AUGGCGACGGACAAACCGAAACAUGAAGGAAGAGUUAAAAUUGGCCACUACAUUCUCGGAGACACGCUCGGAGUGGGGACGUUUGGAAAGGUGAAAGUGGGGCAACAUGAACUGACCAAGCACCAAGUGGCAGUGAAGAUCUUGAAUCGACAGAAGAUCCGCAGUUUGGAUGUGGUGGGAAAGAUCCGCAGGGAGAUCCAGAACCUCAAGCUUUUUAGGCAUCCUCACAUAAUUAAACUGUAUCAGGUUAUCAGCACCCCUACAGAUAUCUUCAUGGUGAUGGAGUAUGUCUCUGGAGGAGAGCUGUUUGACUACAUCUGUAAAAAUGGAAAGUUGGAUGAGAAGGAGAGUCGCCGGCUGUUCCAACAGAUUAUUUCAGCAGUAGACUACUGCCACAGACACAUGGUGGUGCACCGAGACCUCAAGCCAGAGAAUGUCUUGCUUGAUGCCCAGAUGAAUGCAAAGAUUGCUGACUUUGGUUUAUCAAACAUGAUGUCAGAUGGAGAGUUCCUGCGAACAAGCUGUGGUUCUCCAAACUAUGCUGCUCCUGAGGUUAUCUCAGGAAGGUUAUAUGCUGGUCCAGAGGUGGAUAUAUGGAGCAGUGGGGUGAUUCUAUAUGCCUUGUUGUGUGGGACGCUUCCCUUUGAUGACGACCAUGUGCCAACACUCUUUAAGAAGAUCUGUGAUGGGAUUUUCUUCACGCCACAGUAUCUGAACCCCUCUGUAAUAAGUCUCCUUAAACACAUGCUGCAGGUGGACCCCAUGAAAAGAGCCACCAUCAAAGAGAUUCGAGAGGAUGACUGGUUCAAAGAGGAUCUACCCAAGUAUUUGUUCCCUGAGGAUCCAUCUUACAGCAACAACAUAAUUGAUGAUGAGGCCCUGAAGGAGGUAUGUGAGAAGUUUGAGUGUACUGAGGAGGAAGUGCUGGCAUGCCUGUACAGUCGCAACCAUCAGGAUCCACUAGCCGUGGCCUACCAUCUCAUCAUCGACAACCGCCGCAUCAUGAGCGAGGCCAAGGACUUUUACCUGGCCUCCAGCCCCCCUGACUCCUUCCUCGAUGACCAGCACCUGACCACCUCUGGAGCCACUGUGGCUGGCAUUCUCAAGCCCCACCCUGAGCGUGUGCCCUUCCUGGUGGCAGAGACCCCUCCCCGGCCUCGCCAUACACUGGACGAACUGAACCCCCAGAAGUCCAAGCACCAGGGUGUGAGGAGGGCCAAGUGGCACCUGGGUAUCCGUAGUCAGAGUAGACCCAAUGAUAUCAUGUCAGAGGUGUGCCGUGCCAUGAAACAGCUGGAUUACGAGUGGAAGGUUGUGAAUCCAUAUUAUUUGCGUGUGAGAAGGAAGAAUCCAAUCACUGGGAUGCAAACCAAGAUGAGUCUUCAGCUCUACCAGGUGGACAGCAGAACCUACCUCCUUGACUUUCGUAGCAUAGAUGAUGAGAUGUUGGAAACAAAAUCUGGGACUGCUACCCCUCACCGCUCUGGGUCAGUGGGGAAUUACCGCACCACCGUUAAGAAUGACGUAGAUGGGGCCGAGGGCAAAGGGGACGCUCCAGCUGUGUCUACUCCUGUGCACCCCACCAAGGCCGCAGAAGGCUCUUUAGUGUCGUCGCUGACCUCAUCUGUCGACUCGACAGGAGGGGGAGACAACGCCUCGUACCCCAGACCGGGAAGUCACACCAUAGAGUUCUUUGAAAUGUGCGCGAAUCUUAUCAAACUACUUGCACGAUAGCUCGCAAAACAAUCGCAAGCCUUUUGUCCUCUCCGAGUGUCUUUAUAGCAAUAAGCAUGCAACUGAUUCAUGGCGCAAUUCAUCCCCACUGAGGAUGAACUGAUUGUUCCAUGGCACUGAUGCAGGUUGGUAUCCCCCAGACUGAUGGAUUGUAUAUCAAGCUGGCAGGGGAUGCUAAGGGUUAUAGGGAAAGAUGAAUGACAAGCUACUUUAAUAGUUAAGACAGAAUAACAUUUAAGAGAUGGUUUUACAUUUUCCUGAUCAAUUUUAUUAGUAAUUAUCCACAUCCCACGUAUACAUAUACGAGUCCUGAGUGAUGACACUGAAUUUUCUGUACUGUAGCCAGCGAGCACUGCUUUUCAGUACGGAGAACAAAAGCAAGUUUUUGCCUGCAGAGGAGGAAGCCACGAGGUGAGGGUUAGGAUGCAGAGGUGGCAACGGUAGGAUGCAGGGAGCACUUUUGCACAGUUUUCUUUUAUUUCCUGCUGCUCUGUUUUUCUCUCAAAGGAGAUCAGAGAGGCGGUGCAGAUGUCUCGGGGCUCUGCACCGGCUAGAACAAGGGUUGUCAUGCCAAUCACGCUCAUUGGACUAUGAAGAAAUGCAAUGACCCCUGUAUUUCUCUCUUGUGUCAGGGACAAAAAAAGAGUGCGUCAUAGGAAAUAUGUUUGAUUUUCUUUUUUGUGAAUUUAAUUGAAUUUUCAAAGACUAAAUUUUCAUGGUUUUGUCCGUGUUGUAAAGAUUUCCGUUUAAAUAUAUCUGUCCCCUACAUUUUUAUAUAUGAAGAAUUGAAUAUAUUUAUCAGUGCUUUAAGUGGGGGGUGGGGGGGGGGGGGGGAUUAUAGGUUAUAUCAGAAAUGGAAAUAGCUUUUUUCUUUCUUGCAUUAAGAUCUAUUGCUGGAUGAUUUUCUUUUUUCUUUUUUUACUGGUUGUCAAAUCAAUAUAUCAGCUUUGUUUUUCCUUCAAUCACAGGUAUUCCGAUACACUUGAUUUUCUUUUCAGAUAAACAUAGCCUACUUUUCACCACUUAAGCAAGAGGUAUUUGCCAUGACAGUCAACAUUUAGAUAUAUCAUUUUCAGCGUCUCAUAUUGAAAUGACAAGUUGAUUAUUAUUAUUAUUUGUUACUGUAGUGUUUUCUUUUUUUCUUGUUUUUUCAGAAUUGAUGGUAAAGAUUAGCGCAUCAUUACAGAGUGACAUGCCUUUUGCCUACAUACAGUUUGUAAAUGUCAAUCCUUAAGAAAUGUAUAGAGCUCAGGGCUCAAUUUGAAAAAUAUUAGUAGCAAUUACAUGCAGUGCAUGGAUGAUAUGUAUUGGCAGAUGAAUACAUCCAAAAUAUUGUCAUUGUAAGACAUGCUAAGAUUAUUUUUUGAUGGCCCUUAAAUUCCUCUGAGGAGUGAUUUUUGGAGAAAGGUUUACAUAUUUGUCGAAACCCCAAAACCCCUUAAUGAAGUGUUAGAUAUGUAUUUUAAUCAUAUGACAUGUCCCCUCUGUGUCCAGAGUCUUUUUGAAGUCUUAAGUAGUGUCUGUCAUUUGGCUGCCUUAUCAUUAUCAGUACUGUUAAUCAGUUUUUAUAUCAGUAAAAGUUAAACACAGUUGUGGUCAGAAUUAUCGGCAUUCCUUGCAGCUUCAAUAAUUCACUGUUUCAUUGAAGCAUUGAAGUUAAAAAAAGAUUAUUUAGUGUGUCAGUGGUGCAGAAGAAGUAUUUCAGAAUACAGAUGUCAGCUCAAUACUAGAAGUUAAUUCUUAAAAUUUUUGGCUCAUCCUCACACACUGUUGCACUAGGAUUCCAUGUGAGUGCUAAGUGUUUCAGGGUUACAUCAGAAUUUUAAGAAUCUGUUUGCAUGAAAUUCUCAUAAUGUUACCAAACACUAAACAUUUACCAAAUUUCAGUUUUGUGAUAAUUAAACCAGCAAAGGUUUAGGUUGCCAUUACUACUGUUGAUGCAAAUGAGAUAUUCCUAGUCUCAGCUGGUGUGGAGAUCACACUGCCGUAUAUUUUUCACAGAAAUCAUGAAUCCUCAGCAACAGUUGCAAAGAUUGACUAUAAUUCUGACUGUGCCUGUUUCUCUUGCUGUCCUCUUGUUGGGAGGCAGGGCAAGUUUGGACUGAAACCUUGAUAUUUGACUGCUAUGUCUCAGUUUUAAGAUGUAGUUUAUGAGAUAUUGUAGUGAUCAUGGUAAAGAAAUAUGCUGUGGUCUUUAAAAUGUUUGUAGGACUAAACAUUUUUAGCUUCCAAGGGCAGAUGCAAGUUAUGAUUUUUUUUUUUCUUUUCUUUGUUUUUUCAUGGUAACAUCAAAGGUUCUGUGGGGGAAAUGUAUGUGUGAGACCAGUGAUCUUAUGGACAACUUAUGUUGUGAAUGGGUGUCCAAAAAAUGGGCUGGCUGCAGGAAAAUGAUGUAAUUGUAUCUGUCUGAACUGCUUCAAAUAAAUGUUAUAUUUUUGUUUUGGUGUGUAAAGGGACCCAACCAGAAUGACCAAUGUAAAUCUCAAUGGACAGUGUUGAAAUCAUUUGUAUACACAACUGCCUAAUAAACAGCUAAAUUGCACACA